AUGCGUUGGCGAAGAAAUAUUUUUAUUUUCCUCGUAUCAUGCCUUCAGAUUUUCCUUUUUGCAAGUGUUUUUUAUCUUUUUAGGAAUUGCUUCAAAAAAUCGGACUUAACGACUAAAGGAGUAGUAACAGAAAUUGGUCAAAGGGAAACGGACCGAGUCGGUCCUUCAUUCAAAAUGGUGCAAGCAGCAUACGACAAGAUGUCCUCGUUAGUUCACUUUCCGACGCAAAAGCAGACAUUACACCUAAGUGGAAGUGUUGACAAGAACGAAACGGGUACGUUUUUAAGAGCGGAGGCGGAUAAUACUUUAAGGGAAGAGAAUGAAAUUUAUCUUAUGAGGAGGAAACACAAAAAGACAAGAUUAAAACUCAUCGUAGCCAUUCUCAGCGCACCGAUACGAUUUGAUCGACGGGAAGGGAUACGACGAACUUGGAUGAACCAAUGUUCAUCGGAAGAAGUCGUAUGUCGUUUCUUUACCGAUAGCUUAUUCGACAUGGAACCGAACGUGCGAAGUGUUCUUGUCAACGAAAGCAACCAAUACGGCGAUCUGGAAUUUAUGCCAAUUCCCAAGGGAUAUAACUUCGGACUUCGGCUGUUAUGGUUGAUGGAAUGGUCUGCGGAAAGAUAUGAGUUUGACUUCUUCUUGAGAAUGGACGAUGAUUACUUCGUCUGCUUAAAAAGACUGUUGUUCGAGAUCCCCUUCAGGCCUCAGAAAAGACUAUAUUGGGGUUAUGUUCACUGUGAAGUGGAAGGACUGGUACGAAUAGACGAGGGUUUCCUCCUAUUAUCAGAAGACUUGGUAUUGGAGUUUACGCGCAAGAGAAAUAAGUUGCUUUGUCAUCCGUUCGGUGAUCAAACAGUCGCGAUAUGGAUGAAUGAUGUUAAAAAUGUUAUUUUCUUUCAUGAUCCUCGAAUAUUUCACGACGUAUCCGCGAAAGUUCCCGAGUUCAAGUCUUUUGAUAAAAUGUGUUUGAAGUACAUCAGUCUGCAUGGAUCUUAUUUGCACGAAAUGUUGCUCUAUUGGGAGACCUCUUCAAAAGAAAAUCAUUCUACUUUUUGGGUCCCUUCCAUUCAGCCAAUCAGUAACCUAUGUCCGUUAAGCACGCGUUUUGAUUGGCGGGCCAUGGGAGGCCCUCCUUAUGGUUAUGAACCAAAACCGUGCGUGCUGAAACCUCUCUGGGACAUUGGAAGCAUGCAUCGAGGAAGGAACAUGAUGUAAGGACCCUUCAUCCCAAAGAAAUCGAAGAACAAGACUAAUGUGGACAAUAUUGAUCAAAUCAUAAUAAACGCAGAAAACCAUACACAAUUUGAUUCGGCUUAAACAGGUCCACUUUGUAUUGACCAAUCUACGGUUAGCGCUUGCGGUUUAGUUUUUCUGACGCCUUAUUGAUUACUUUUUGAAAAGAAAAGCAUACUCUUCCCUAAAUGUCUGUUGUAGCCAGUCUCAGAAUUUAUCGAGAUAAAGUUAAAUCAAUCAUAAAAGAGUUAAUGUCUAAUUAGGAAAACCAAAUUAAUGGCCUGUACUUUCAUAGUGACUUUUAACAGCUAAAUUACGCGAACGGCAAACAUCAAGAUAUCACGUGACAUACUUCUUGAUGCGUGAUUUGAAGUUUGCAGUCCACGUGUGAACAUCAGAAAUGCUCUUUUGCGGUAAGUGAUUUACGACUAAGUUUUUCUCACACUUUGAGACUCAAAACUCAUGUUCUAUGCUCUUAUUUAAUUCCUGUAUUACCUGAAAUACCGUCUAGACACACAAGUUUAAUUGGACACUUAGAGAGUAGACA